AUGGCCUUAAAGACAGUACGAGCCUGCUGCCUGUUCUUAUCCCUUGUUAUGGGUUUGGUGUGCGGCCUGGAGAUCACCUCGUCUGGGCCACCGUCCAUAGAGAAGGCCAGUGGUGAGAGUGUGAAGCUGGACUGCCAGUUCACUCUGGCCAAUGAGGACUCUGGGCCCCUGGACAUAGAGUGGAGCUUGCGGGCGCCUGACAACCAACGGGAGGACAUGGUGGUGCUGCUGUACGCUGGGGACAGAGCUUAUGAGGACUACUAUGCACCCAUGAAGGGCAGAGUCCACUUCAACUCCCCUGACCCCAAAAAUGGCGACGCUUCCAUCAGCCUGACGGGCUUGAAAUCGUCAGACUCAGGAACAUACCAGUGCAAAGUGAAGAAGGCUCCGGGCAUCCGCAGCAAGAAGAUAGGGCUGAUUGUGAUGGUAAAGCCAUCUCGACCCAGGUGCUAUUCUGAAGGCCCAAUGCAGGAAGGCAAAGACAUCGUGAUGAAAUGUGUCUCCAAAGAUGGGACCAACCCCAUGCAGUACAUCUGGGAAAAAACCAGCGGGAAUAAACUGCUACCCUCAACAGCGACACUAGAUACAGCUGGAGGAACCAUCAUUGUCAAAAACGCAUCUGCCAGUGCAUCUGGUUCGUAUCGCUGCACGGCCAGCAACCGUGUCGGGAGUGACGAAUGCGUCCUGCAACUUAAUGUGACGCCUCCUCCCAACACGGCUGGCAUCGUCGCUGGCUCCAUCAUCGCUGUGCUGCUGAUCCUCCUCAUUAUUGCAAUCAUCCUGUUUUGCUUCUGCCGCUCUCGUCACAGAAAGAAGUACGAGAAGGAAAUCUGCAACGAGAUCAGAGAGGAUGUGCCGCCCCCCAAGAGUCGUGUGUCCACCGCUCGAAGCUUCACGGUGGGCAGCCAGCGCUCCUCCCUGGGCUCCAUGUCGCCCUCUAACCUGCACGAAUACGUCAAACCUCAGUACGACAAGAUCCCUUCCUCAGAGGAGUUCGAGAGGCCCCCGAGUCACGCACCUCUGCCCCCUCCCACUGCUCCCAGGAUGGCUGGGCCCAACCUCAGCCGCAUGGGGGGUAUCGCGGUAAUGAUCCCGGCCCAGAACAGGGACGGAUCCAUCGUCUAG